AUGAAUGGUCGCGCUACACUUUCUAUCAAAAAAGUGGAAAAAGUUCAUGAAGGCAUCUAUUACUGCUAUGCGGAGAAUGAAUAUGGAAAAGCAGUGCUAUCCUGCAACCUGCGUGUUAUUGAUGCUGCUUACGGUCGGACGGAAUCAGUGCACGAAAUGAUGCGCAUUCCACUGAAGUAUGCUUUGUCAGAAACAGAAGCGGAAGUGUCAUCAAAUGUGCAUGUCACUCAUACAUCAGAAUCGUUCGAGCAUCAUUUUGCUAUGCUUCUUCCGGAAGCGAUUGCACUGGGCUACACAUGCAUUGCUUCAACAAGUCAAGUGCAUGAUGAUUCCGUGAUUCUAACACGAGAAUCAGCACAGAGCUUAAUGGAAAGACAGAGGAUUGUUGAGGGGGCGCUUCCGGAAGCAUAUGCUGCUCUCAACGUGAACGUGGAACGUGCGCCCGCACAUUUUGCUCACGAUGCACGCAUUAUACAACCAAUCAGCGAAAGAGCCGUCCUACUGCGGCAGAGGCCACAAUACACGAGAACCGAGGAGGUGAUACAGGCAAGUGAUAUAAAUCUGGUGGAAGAACGCCGAAUCAUGCAGCAGUAUCAGUCAACAGUCAAUGCAACGACCACUGUCGUGCUCGAGAAACCGAUUCAGCGAGCUGUGCACGAAGUCCGAUGUCUCUACGAUGAAAAGCUGGAAGUGAGCAAAGAGAGGAUAAAAGCGGUAUGCGAAGUUGAACUGAAGGAAGUCGAACAGGUUAAUGAACUGAUCAGCAGCGUAAUGGUAACAGAGGCGCAGCGCCAAGCGCAUGCAGUUACAAAUGUGGAUGUACGACGUCCGGAUGCAGUCUUCGACCAUGUCAUAACAGUUGUUGAAUCUGAGCGCGAGCACCUGGAUGCGCAUUUGUUAGCGACAUUACCUGUUCAACGGCUUGCAACCACAGUUUGGCAAUUCCAACAACCGCAGCAAUCUCUGCGAACUGAAGUUGUACAUGUGGAAUUUUCGAGGCGGCUUGCUCGUGCUGAGCAACGCAUUGUGAUCCUGGAAAGUUUGCAGCAAAGAUUCACUGAGGCUAUCACGUGGAACUUACGAAAGAUCCGUAAAGAAGCCGCAGAAAGUGGUCUAGCAGCUGCGCAUACGAGUAUUGAGGUGCGCAGGCCGGAAGAUAUUGGUGAGCACACAACAACAAUCGUCGAUACAAGAAGUAUUGUUGCAGAAUUACUUGCAAUUGCUGCUGCGGCCAGUAAACUCAAGGUAUAUCCCCUUACUUCUUUCCUAUAAUAAUACGUUUGGAAGUCAUACUUCCAUCAGCUUGCUCGUAAGCAACUCUUGAAGAAGGGAGCCAUCGACCGUCUUGCCAGCGAGUGGUUGCUGCUGGCAUUUGCUACUAGUCGGGCUACUUACUUC